AUGAGAGCAGAGUUAAUUGGUGUAGUACUGAAUUAUACAAUUGAAGUUGCGAUGGUUUUAUUUCCAUUGAUACCAUAUAUCCCAUUUUUUCUUUCAAAAAAUCGAACAAAACUUUUUCAACAGUUUAAUAGUGGAGUUUGUUACGUUUUGUUGAUCAGCAAUUUCCUUCGAAUUGCGUUUUAUAUAGGAAAACCAUACCAAACGUUUUUGUUGCUUCAAAGCGUCGUUUUGAUCAUUGAAAUGAUUCUUCUUCUCGUUUUGGCAUCCAUUUGCCUCAACACAAAUACAGAAAAUGUUUUUGGAAAUGUUAUUGCUCUCCCAUUUGGUAUAGUGGUGGUGGGUUUUUUCUUUAGAAAUUACAUUCUUUUUGUCCAAAUAGUCGGGACAUUGGCUUCUAUAGUUGAGGUGACAUUAGCAAUACCUCAAAUUGUCCAAAACUAUAAAAGAAAGAGUGGGGACGGAAUACCAUAUUUAACUAUUUUACUCUGGAUGGGUGGUGAUGCUGUCAAAACGAUUUAUUACUGCAUUUCUAAAGUCCCUAUUCAAUUCGUUUUGUGUGGAGUGGUACAAUUUUUGUGCGAUGUAAUUGUUGGCACACAAAAAGUGUUUUACACAGAAAAAGUAAAACAUUUUGUUGAAUUGUGUUGUUCAAAAUGCACAAAACGAAAAGAAAGUGAGCAACUGAAAGAAAUAGCUAUGGAUGAUAGUCGAGAAGAGAUUAUAGCCAUUUGCCAAAAUUUCACAAACCGUAAUGGUUGGCAAAUUUUGAAAAAGGUGAAAAUUUGCCAAGUUUAA